UCCCAUCUAUACCUCUCCCCCUCCGGCAUCUCCCCUCUCUCGCUAUCGCGGUGGCGCUCUCGUUAGGAUGCGACGGCGGUGGCGGUGGCGGAGGCUUGAUGGGCUAGGCGGUGGCUUUGGUGGUGCGGAUGGAAAGCGGGAGCGGGGCCGGCGAACUGAAGAAGAGGAGUUGGCGCUGAAGCUUCCAGAAGAAUCUUCGCCCGCGCGGAUGGAGAACCGACAGAAUACUGGCCUCAAGAAGCGGAAGCUUCUGAGGACGGUGCGGGAGCAGGAGCCUGCUAUCAAGGAGAUGUGCCAAGCCCUGAAGGAGAUGGAAAGCAAGGUCAAGAACCUCCGGGACGACAACAACCGGCUCCGCGGCGAGCUGCUCGACAAGGACCGGCAGCUUGCGGUGACGCGGACACUUUUAGUUGACAGGGAGCGUCAGCUUACGAAGACCCAGACACUUCUAGCUGACAGGGAGCAGCAGCUUGAGGCCCGGACACUUCUGGUUGACACAAAGGAGUUUGAAACAGAAAUUUUGAGGCUUAAGCAUCUGUUGGCUGAGAAGAAUGAUACAAAUAACUAUGCAGCUCUAGUGUCUCCUGAGACAAUAACUGAAGUCAUACAGAAGCAAACUCCAGUUUCACCUGCAAGAACACCGGUGUCAAACAGAACGAAUACAGUACAGUCCAGUGUGAAUGCCAUUGUCCACCAUGGUAGCUUUCAGGAUGAAGCUAGAGAGGACUGCUGUAGAAGAGGUGUUCGCACCUCAGGUUAGUGAUAAUGUACAAGUGGAUUGCAGUUUGUAUUUCUUCUCAUGCCUGUAAAUUGGUUUGACUUGUAAGUCUGUUGCUUUCAGGCAAUGGGGCAGAUGAAAGUUCUUGUAACUGUGUGUAUCAUAUGCUGGUUGAAUCUUUAGUAAUUUUCACUGAAGAAUGAAAUAGAAGGAUUCUCACUUCCAAUCUA